AUGGUUUCGAUUUACUUCUCGGACAUCGUUGGCUUCACCUCGCUAUCUGCAGUCAGCUCUCCGCUGGAGGUUGUGGAGCUUCUGAACGCGCUCUAUUCCAAAUUUGACGCAGCCAUAGAAAACUUUGAUGUUUACAAGGUUGAGACAAUCGGCGACGCUUACAUGGUCGUCUCCGGCCUGCCACUGAGGAAUGGGAAAGACCAUGUUUUGCACAUUGCCAGACUGGCCCUGCAACUGUUACGGGAAGUGGCCAGGUUUGAAGUGCCUCACAAGCCAGAACAUAAAUUACAGCUGAGAAUUGGAUUACAUUCAGGUCCGGUUGUGGCUGGGGUUGUGGGGUUAAAGAUGCCCCGCUACUGUCUGUUUGGUGACACGGUCAAUACAGCCUCACGCAUGGAGAGCAAUGGAGAAGCGUGCAAGAUCCACAUGAGCGAAAACACUAAAAGUUUACUGGAUGAAAUGGGCCGGUUCGAAACCGAGCUUAGGGGCGAUAUCGAAAUAAAGGGAAAAGGCGUUCAGAGGACCUUCUGGCUGUUACAAGAGUUAAACUCUACAACCAACAAAACCGUCUUGCCCCAGGAGCUGGACCCUACAACAAACAACACAGUCUUUGCGAACCCGGCCUUACAACGACAAGCCGGGUCUCAACAGACCUACAAGGUUCAAUACCACAGACGUUCUAUUAGUGACUUGCAAUACCCAGACCCCCCUCUGAUGGGCAGCCAUUCAACGGAGUCAAUGAAAUCGCUGUCAUCUAUUCUGAGAGUCAACAGUUACACAGGUUUUCACAACCCAGGCUUUAACUGGUCGCUUGAUGAUGCAUCUCUACGGGAAUCCCCACAACAACCUCGGAAAUGCGACAACCUGACAUUAGAUUUCCGACCCACGAGACAGUUUCUAGAGCUACAUUAG